AUGUUAGAUGUUGAGAUUGAGCCACAGGAAGUAGUUGAUUUAUUGGAGGAUGAAGAUGAACAUGAACUGGAUGCCACACUAAGUUUGGACACAGAGGGCGGUGCAGCUGAGUCGUGGUGUGCAGCGCGGCGGGGGGCGGGGAGGAGGGCGGUGCAGCUGAGUCGUGGUGUGCAGCGCGGCGGGGGGCGGGAAGGGGAUGUGUCUGGCGCCGACAAUGAUAUACACCACACCCUCUCCCCAAAGACAAUGAUAUACACCACACCCUCUCCCCCAAAGACAAUGAUAUACACCACACCCUCUCCCCCAAAGACAAUGAUAUACACCACACCCCCUCCCCCAAAGACAAUGAUAUACACCACACCCCCAAAGACAAUGAUAUACACCACACCCUCCCCCAAAGACAAUGAUAUACACCACACCCCUCUUCCCCCAAAGACAAUGAUAUACACCACACCCCUCUCCCCAAAGACAAUGAUAUACACCACACCCCUCUCCCCAAAGACAAUGAUAUACACCACACCCUCCCCCAAAGACAAUGAUAUACACCACACCCCCUCCCCCAAAGACAAUGAUAUACACCACACCCUCCCCCCAAAGACAAUGAUAUACACCACACCCCCCCCAAAGACAAUGAUAUACACCACACCCUCCCCCAAAGACAACAAUGAUAUACACCACACCCUCCCCAAAGACAGUGAUAUACACCACACGCCCCUCUCAGUGAUAUACACCACGCCCCUCUCCCCCAAAGACAAUGAUAUACACCACACCCCCUCCCCCCCAAAGACAAUGAUAUACACCACAUCCCCCCCCCCAAGACAAUGA